AUGGAAGCCACCUCCAGAACAUCGUCGAGCAAUGCGGAGGAGAGCAUUGCACAGAGCGAUCGAGACGAGAAUGACGAUCCUACUCCCAGCGAAAGCGAACCACAUUUCCAGCCGAUUUGCGGCACGAAUUCGAGGAAUGUCGCUCGAUCUGUGAGUCAAGUGAGUUCGCGGAGCUCUCGUUCGAUCAGUCGAGUGUAUUCCCUUUCCGACGGCUACUCCCACCCUGCGGUCGAUAAUGAUAGGCUUCAGGAGCCUGAGGACGAUGAGAAGGCCGAGGAAGUGUCUACUGCUCCAGGGGGGGAGUACACUGUGAAGUGGGAUGGGCACGAUGACCCUGAUAACCCGCGGAACAUGAAGUUAGCGAGGAAAUGGGCGGCCAUUGCAGUUUUGGCGAUUGGAUCUGUCUGUGUCACCAGUGCCUCUUCCCUCUACACCAUGACGUAUGCGCAGUUAAUGGAGGAAUUCAAUUGCUCACUGAUCGUUGCGACGCUGGGACUGUCCCUUUUCAUCCUGGGACUGGGAUUGGGGCCACUGGUGUUGGCACCCCUAUCAGAGAAUAUCGAGACUAUGCUUGUCGCAAGGUUCUUCACUGGAAUUUCAGGAAGUGCUUUCCUUAGCGUGGCAGGGGGAACUGUUGGAGACAUGUUUGCUCGGCAUGAGCUUGGUGCGCCGAUGAUGAUCUACACUGCAAGUCCAUUCCUUGGACCAGAACUUGGCCCUCUGCGGUGGAUAUUUUAUAUGCUGUUGAUAUGGUCAGCUUCUGUUUUAAUCGCCAUUGCCCUGUUCGUUCCCGAGACCUACCACCCAGUGCUACUCCGGCGCAAAGCUAUCAGACUCAGGCGGGAAACAGGAGAUGAACGCUGGCGAGCACCGAUUGAACGGAGAGAGCGGUCUGUUGCCCAGACUGUCCUGCGUGCUGUAUACAGACCCAUGAUGCUUUUGGCAUUGGAGCCUAUGUGCUUGAGCCUGUGCAUUUUUGCUGCAAUUCUGUUGGGUAUUAUUUAUCUCUUUUUUGGGGCUUUUCAACUGGUGUUUUCGACCCUCCACGGUUUUACUCUUUCUCAGGUCGGAUUAAGCUUUCUCGGUCUUUUUGUUGGAAUGAUGAUAGCUAUCUUGAGCGACCCGCUCUGGCGGAGAAAUUACACUCGACUCGCUCGCAAGCGGGAGAUGAAAGUCGGUAAACUGGGAGAAUAUGAACCCGAGUGGCGGUUGCCCCCAGACAUGUUCACUGGGAUCGCUCCAAUCAUUGGCACAGCGUUAUUCGGCAUGGGAACCGUACUUGUCUACUCUGGUAUCUUUACAUUUCUAGUUGACGCGUAUCCUUUAUACGCGGCUAGUGCGCUCGCAGCGAAUAGCUUCCUCAGGUCAAGUUUGGGAGCUGCUUUCCCAUUGUUUGGAAUACAAAUGUACCAUCGACUAGGAUUCAACUGGGCAUCCUCGCUCCUAGCGUUCCUGACAGUUGCAAUGGCCCCUUUCCCAUACUUAUUUUUCCGAUACGGCAAAUGGAUACGAAAGGGGAGUCGGUUCGCCAAUUCAUCUCUUGGGUAG